GAUUCAACAAUUUACUCAACAUGCUGACGAGCUCCACCCUUAAAAAGUUCAGAUGAAUAUCAUGAAUAUAAAGACAUGCUAAUUUUUCUGAGCCUUUUCCUUCUCCAGAUCGCCUUCAGAAGACAUCUGAGACAUGAAGGUUGUGUUUGGACUGUUUGUGAUUCUGUUCAGAGUCUCUCAUGGUGUUGAGACCUUCUGUGAUGGCAGACAGAAUGGAGCUAAAUGUUAUGGAGCUCUUGGAGGAACUGUGGUCCUCCGGCUGAUGGACGACGCCUCAAAAAUAUUUAGAUCAGUGUGGAUAUUUAAUACAACAACAACAAUACUUCGUUGGAGGAAUAAUAUGAUUUUGUCUAAUCUGAUAGAGAACCGUUCCUCAUUUAGUCCAAGUAAUGGAACAUUUAGGAUCAAUGACCUGAGCAGGAAUGAUGGUGGUGAAUAUACUCUUGUAGCCCAUAAAGAUAACAGUGGAUCAAAUCAAGAGAAACGCACUCUACAGUUGACCAUUCAAGCUCCUGUGUCCUCUGUCCUGCUGGUCUCUGAGUGUCUGUCCCAGGGAGAGAUGAAGGCCUCAUGCUCCUCUGAGGGAGGGGACAGUCCUCAGUACAGAUGGACUCUGGGUGGACAAACACUGACACAAACUCAGCUCCUCUCUGGAAAUAGUGAGAGUCAGAAUAUCACUGUGAAACAAGACGUGUCAGGAGAACUGGUCUGCUCAGUCAGAAAUGAUGUCAGUGUUGUCCGAAAAGAAAAGCAGACCUGUGGCUUCACAUUUCUCCAGUGCACCUUAUCCAAUGGGACGUACAUAUCAAAGUGGUUUCCUCCAACACUGUGUCCUCAACCAACACCUGAGGCUCUCCCCCUGCUCUAUUGUGGUCUGCGAGCAGCUGUGGUGUUUCUGAUAUUAACUGGGAUUUUUGUCUACUUUGCUUGUAAGAAAAAUGACUUGAAGAAAGCUGAGGGCUCUGCAGUCCACGAGGUGACAGAGUAUGAGAAUUAUUCUGUUGUAAUGCUUGAAAUGAGAAGCUCUGCAUCUCGACUUUAACUCUCUGAAACCAACAUCUCUGUGUCGACUCUCACCCGCUCCAUUUGGACCGUGUGACUUUACAAAUGUGGAAAUAGAGUUUGGAUGAACAAUUCUCUUCUGUUUGUAUUUUUUGUUUUAUCUCACUUCUGCCUAAAGCAAAAUUUGUUUGUGUAGAUAAAGUUUUUAUUGUAGUAAGAAUUUACCACAACAUUAUUGGUAAGUAAAUAGUAGUUCACACAUAAUUGAAAUGAAAAUAACGUUUGUUUUUACAAAAGUUAUACUGAAAGAAUAAACUGUUGUUUGUUGUGAGAAUAGUCUUUCACUUGUUCUCGUAAUUUAUCAAUAUUCAUGCAGUCAAAAGUGUUUGCUGGCAAGUGGCAACAGGUUUUUAUGAGAAAUUGUAAUUCUCAGUUUUGGAUCAUUGCCUGAUUUUUUAGCUCUAUACACUGUUAAAGCUUCUUUUAACAUUUUAUAUUCAACCUCAUACUUAAUGCCACAUAAGUGAUGCACACACACAUUUCAGUGUUUCAGCCUUGAAUUUUGUAAAUCGUUUUUUUUUCUUUUCAUCUUAUUAUUGCAGUCAUACAUCUGUUUGCUUCUAUGAUUAACAAGACUCAUAAUAAAAUACUUCUGAAAGCAUUUUAAAA